AUGUCCGUGUCGAUGGAAGGUGCGGAUAGGCCGCGCAAGACGCAUGCAGCGCACGAGCGUCGCAAGGGACGCCGCGGAAAAAAGGCACAGCACCAGCAGAGUGUGCAUGCGCGAGCGCUGGAUCCAGCAGCGCCUUCGUUCGAGCCUGCCGCGCCGACGCAGCCCCGUUUUGCGCGACGCGAAGGGCGUGCGCCUUGCCGCGACGCCGCGAAGGACGCAGCGCACAGCCCCGCUGACCCCAACCCCCCCAAGCGCGCGUCCGCCGCGCGCAGCCGCCGCAAGUUCGGCACAAAGCUCGGCACAGCGCACGCACACGACGCACCGGACAUGGGUGUAGCCCCUGUGCUCCCCCCCGACGCGGAUCUGCGCACCCGCCAAAUUGCUGCGCUGUCGCAUAACGAGUACGACUGUACUAUCUGCUACAAUACCGUCGCGCGCAAAGACGCUGUAUGGUCCUGCACACGGUGCUACACAGUCCUGCACCUGCACUGUGUCCGCAAGUGGGCGGACCGCAGCGUGAAACAGAUCGAGGAGCGCAACGCAAUGCACGAAGACGAGCAAAUCCGCCGCACCAAAGGAUCGUGGCGGUGCCCAGGGUGCCAGGACGUGCGCACGGCGGUGCCUACCGAGUACCGCUGCUGGUGCCAGCGCGUAAAGAACCCCACCCAGCAGCCGAUCCCACACGCGUGUGGCGGCGCAUGCACCAAAGGCUGUGCGCUCCAUGGAUGCGCCGCGUCCACAUGCCACCCCGGCCCAUGCCCAUCGUGCAAAGUCAGCAUCCGUGUUGCGUGUUUCUGCGGGAAGCAAGCCAACAUGUCCGUCCAGUGUCGUGGCGAGGCGCCACGAGGCGUGUCGUGCGGCGACGUAUGCGGCAAGGCACUCGCAUGCGGGCACCAUGCGUGCACGCUGCCGUGCCACAGCGGCGCAUGCCCACCCUGCGUGGCGGAGAUCAGGAGUGCGUGCCACUGCGGACGCCAGUCGAAAGAGCUCUUGUGCGGCGACCGCGAUCCAAGCACCGCCGCGCUUCACAUCGCGUCUGCAUGGAGCUGCGGCGCGGUGUGCGAUGCACCGUUUGCGUGCGGGCACCAUACAUGCAAGAAAACGUGCCACGUCCGCGCGCCAAGCACGCCGCGAUGCCCCUACGAUCCCAGCGUCGCGACGACGUGUGCAUGUGGCCGCAUCCCUGUGCGCGGCCGCAGCGACUGCCGCGAUCCCAUUCCUUCGUGCGCCACGGCGUGCGGCAAGCAGCUUGCGUGCAGCCACACAUGCACGGCCGUAUGCCACAGCGGCGCAUGCCCGCCGUGCACGGCGCGCGUCACGCAAGUGUGCCGCUGCGGCGCGCAGAAACGCAGCAUUGCAUGCAGCGCGAGCGCAACACAAUUCACAUGCGAUGCGCCGUGCAGAGCACAGCGCCACUGCGGAAAACACCAGUGCGCGCGGCGCUGCUGCCCACUAGCCUACCAAGCGACACUCUCCAAGCGGCACGCAGCCAUCCAGGAGCUCGAUCCCGACGCACUGCACGCAUGCGACGAGCCGUGCCGCCGCAUGCUGCGCUGCGGAAAGCACACGUGCGAAGCUGCGUGCCAUCGCGGCGCAUGCCCGCCGUGCCUCCGCUCGUCGUUUGCAGAGGUUGCGUGCCAUUGCGGGCGCACAGUGCUGGAGCCGCCCGUUCCAUGCGGGACGACGGUGCGGUGCUUGUAUACGUGCGCACGCCCAGAUCCCCCGUGUGGCCAUCCCAAGGUCCCACACGCCUGCCACGACGAUGCGACGCCGUGUCCGCCUUGUGUGUAUCUCACGUCGCGCAAGUGUGUCUGCGGCAAGCAGACGUUGCAUGCGGUGCCAUGCAGCCGCGCGCAUAUGCAGUGCGGCGAAGCAUGCGGUGCGCUGCGUCCAUGCGGGCAUACGUGCCGCGGCGCGUGCCAUGCUCCGGGCGCGUGCCCACCGUGCACACAGCCGUGCGGAAGGCCCCGCGAGAGGUGCGGGCAUCCAUGCACCCAGCCGUGCCAUGCACCGUCCAAGUGCGGCGCAGCGCCGUGCGACGCUGUGCUUGUGCGGCGCUGCGCGUGCGGCCACCAGGAGAAAAUGGAGGUGUGCGGGAGAAGCAGUGCACAAGACGCAGUGCUUGCGUGCACGUCCGCAUGCACCACCGCGCAGCGCAACGCCAAGUUUGCCAGCGCGCUGGGGCUUGUGCGUGACACGAGCAAGGUAGCGUAUGAGGAGGAGCUGCUGCGCUUUGCGUCGAGUGAGCGCCGCACUGCGAAUGCGUUGGAGGAGGUGCUUGCUGACUUUAUCCAGUCGCCGCGCGCGACGCAGCUGUUGCGCGCGGCGCUGUGCCAGCGCGGUGUGCGUGUGAAUGCAGCGGUGCUGCAGACGGCCAUGCUCCUUUCGCGGCACUACGGCCUGGAGACAGAGACGUGCACGGAGGAUGGGGUGUUGCGCAUGGGUGUGCUGCCUCCUUCCGGCGUGGGCGUCGAUGUGAAGUUGCGCCGCGCGCGGCAUGCGCGGAUCCCAAGCAUGGUGCUCACCGAGUACCUCGACACGCAUCCCGACCGUGCCAAGCGCGCCGCUGCGGCGCGCUUGGCGACGCGCACUGCACAGCCUGCGCCAUGCAAUGCGGUGCAGAUCGUGCCUGUGCCGGCGCACUUGCGCGGCGCGCUGGACGCCGUGCUUGCGCCGGCGACCCUCGGCGGGCGUCGGUCGUGGCGUCUUGUGCAGACAGAAGACGCUGCGUUUCUCACCGACAUUACGCUCGAGUCUCUUAGCCUUGCGGCUGUUGCUAGCAGUGCGGCGCCGCCAGCGUACGCAACGCUCUCGCCACGCGAGCGGCGCCUCGGGGGACUUGUGGACGAGCUGAAUGCGGUGCUCGGGGGCGCGAUGCAGGCCGUGCUUGUCGCGUACGAGGCGGGGCGCGUCGAGCGCGUAUGUAGAGGGGCGUAG